CUUGCACGCACACAGUUUCUUUCAGAGGGUUUAAAAUGGCGGACUCAAGGGGAGUCUUGAAGAAAAGGAAGCGGCCAUGUCAUCCACUUAGCCAGUCUUUAAGGGGAAUCACCACUCGUAGCAAAUCCCAGAUCCAUAUUCACCGCAAUCGGUCGGGCAAAUCUCGAACUUACUCCAUCGGCGGCGGAAAACACCAAGGUCUACAAUCCUUUGUCAAGAAACCCAAAAAGAGCCUGCCAGUUGAAGAUUCGGUGGGGUGCGAUUUAUCUUCCGUUUCCAUCAAAGAUCUCCGGUUAAGACGGGUCUUUUCCCCCUCUUCCACUGAUGGGGUCAUUCCGAACUGUUUGGAUGAUGAUCAGAAUCUGGGAAAAAGUGAGCUUGCUGGGAAUUGUUUGGAUAGAAGGAAAGAAGAUUGUGGAAAUGGGGAUGUUAGAAAAAUGGAGAUGUCGAAUGAGGAAUUUGUUCAGUCAACACCACCUGAUGCCGAGAUCAUUGGAGUUGAGCAAGUGGUUGAGAGAAAUGAAGGUGAAAAGAUCAAGAAAGAAAAGGGCUUUCCUGAAGAGAGAAAUGAAACGAACUACUCAACAAAAUCGGUCCUUAGACCAUGUUCUCGAGUGAAGCUUUUCAAAGCGCCAGGCUCAUUCAUCUUAAGAAGAUUGCUUCCUUAUUUGAUGGAUAUUAAAAAAGAUUGUUAUGGAAAUUCCCGUGCUUUGGUUAUGUUCUGCUUUCAAGCAUUGGUUGCACAAGAAACAAUGGCAUUAAAACAUUACUGCAUAUGAUCUUUUACAGACUCCCCAAUAAUGAUCCGUUGUCC